AUUUCUUUUCCACCAUUUGUUUAUUUAUCUAUAUGAAACCAUAAACCAUAAAUAACUAACUGUAAACUGACAAAUAACUAUAAUGAACAGCUCUUAUUCACUAUCCCUCUCUCUAUUGAAGAAUUGCAAGAAUGUUGCUUCUCUCAAGCAAUUCCACGCCAAUGUACUUAAAAUCGGACUCCAAAAUGACCUUUUACUGAUUGGAAAACUACUCCUCCACUGCACUAUUGUACUCUCUGAUUCUAUAGACUACGCUUUGAGCCUCUUUCGCGACACUCCAAAUCCAGAUGUCUUCAUGUACAAUACCCUUAUUCGAGGCCUUGCUGAAUCCGAUAGUCCACAAAAGUCAAUUGCUACAUUCCUUGAACUGAGAAAGGAAUCAGCUUUAUCUCCUGAUAGCUUCUCCUUUGCUUUUGUUCUGAAGGCGGCUGCGUAUUUAAGGUCCUUGAGAGGUGGGAUUCAGUUGCAUUGUCAAGCUUGGAAGUAUGGAUUAAAUGCCCAUCUUUUUGUUGGGACAACUUUGAUUAGUAUGUAUGGAGAAUGCGGGUGUGUUGGUUAUGCAAGGCAGGUGUUUGGUGAAAUGCAUGAGCCAAAUGUCAUUGCGUGGAAUGCUGUGAUUGCUGCUUGUUUUAGGGGUGGGGAUGUGAAGGAAGCGGGGAAGAUGUUUAGUUUGAUGGUAUUUAGGGAUUUGACUUCGUGGAAUGUGAUGCUGGCUGGCUAUGUGAAAAUUGGGGAAUUGCAGCUUGCAAGGGAAAUGUUUUUGGAAAUGGCGGUGAAGGAUGAUGUAUCAUGGAGUACUAUGAUUGUUGGGUUUGCUCAUAAUGGGUGUUUUGAUGAGGCCUUUGGGUAUUUCAGGGAGUUGUUGAGGAAGGGGACUAGACCGAAUGAAGUGAGCUUGACUGGGGUGCUUUCAGCAUGUGCGCAGGCAGGGGCCUUUGAGUUUGGGAAAAUAUUACAUGGGUUCAUUGAGAAAGCUGGUCUUUUGUGGAUUAUAUCAGUCAAUAAUGCAUUACUCGAUACCUACUCCAAGUGUGGGAAUUUAGGUAUGGCUCAACUUGUCUUUGAACGUAUGCCAGAGAAAAAGAGCAUCAUUUCUUGGACUUCAAUGAUGGCGUGCCUUGCAAUGCAUGGUCUUGGAGAAGAAGCAAUAAAGCUUUUCCAUGAGAUGGAAGAGUAUGGAACUAGGCCUGAUGAGAUCACCUUUAUCUUGCUUUUGUAUGCUUGUAGUCAUGCUGGACUGGUUGAACAGGGAUGUCACUAUUAUAAUAAGAUGAGGGAUGUGUACAAUAUAAUACCCGCCAUUGAGCAUUAUGGUUGCAUGGUUGAUCUAUAUGGUCGAGCUGGUCAGCUGCAGAAGGCCUAUGAAUUUGUAUCUCAAAUGCCAAUUCCGCCUAAUGAUAUUAUUUGGAGGACACUUCUUGGGGCUUGUAGCAUUCAUGGGAAUGUCAAAUUGGCCGAGCAGGUAAAGGAUAGGCUUUGCGAGCUCGAUCCAAACAACUCCAGUGACCAUGUUCUGUUGUCAAAUAUUUAUGCAGUUGCUGGGAAAUGGAAGGAUGUUGCUGCUGUGAGAAGAUCAAUGAGUGACCAGAAAAUCAAGAAAACUCCUGGUUGGAGCAUGAUUGAAGUUGACAAAAUAUUGUACACUUUUGUGGCUGGUGCAAAACAAGAAAAGAUCACUGAAGAGGCAUAUGAGAAGCUAAAAAAGAUCAUUUUGAGGCUUAGAAUUGAAAGAGGUUAUUUUCCAGAAGUUGGAAGUGUUUUGCACGACAUACAAGUGGAAGAAAAAGAAGAUUCUGUAUCUAUGCACAGUGAAAAGCUUGCUGUAGCUUUUGGUAUAUCAAGAUUGGUCCAAGGAAAGACCAUAAGAGUAGUUAAAAAUUUGAGGGUUUGCAGGGACUGUCAUACAGUGAUGAAGCUGAUUUCUCAGGUUUACAAAUUGGAGAUUGUGAUCAGAGAUAGAAGUCGCUUUCACUCCUUCAGGGAUGGCUCCUGUUCAUGCAAAGAUUAUUGGUAACUAUCAAGUUGUAACGAUGAAGUAAUUUAACUAGUAAAGCUCCAAAGCUUUGGGGAGGACAGUAAUUUCAUGAAAUAGGAGCAAGAAAACUCUUAAAACCCAAAAUUAGAUGGAACAAUUAAAGCAAUACGGACUAAAGAAGGAGUGAUAAACUUAAGGUCAGUGGUAUAAAGGCUACAUGGAUUGAAGAUUGAACUAUCAUGUAAAAGAUGAAAUAUCUAAAAGCGAAUUUGUCGAUCCAAUCAUUUAAUGAGGAGCCUGUGGAUUAUGGCCAAGGAACCAAAUGGGUGACGUUAUGAUAUGUAAGAAUGAUCCAACUCUUAGCAGCUAGAACUGUGAAACUGUUAUCCAAUUAGUAUGUGGAUUCUUGUUCGACUAACAGGUACUACUUCACUGAUUUGUGAAGAUGGAUGGGGUUCUUUAUCACUACUCAGAGUGUUCGACUAGUUGAUUGAUCUUAAUUGCUUGGAUUUUGAUUUUUGUUUUCUUGACAAUGUGAAGCGACUAGCUUUUCCUUGCAAGUAUGCACAUUGGAUCUUUGACCUGCUAACGACCUAGCUACAAAUGAAGCCGGACAGUGUAUAAUAACAGUAGGUCAUUUGUUAGCUAUCCUCUUUGACAUGCUAUUUUUGGAUUUUAAGCCUGGAGUGUGUUAGGUGCUGCAGGAAACAUUCUGAUGAUGCUUAUGGGAGAUCCUGUGCAGAGGAUUAAUAAAAGAGAAUCAGGAGCUUGGAAAGGUUGUUUUGCAUCUGAUCGACCUUUGUACUUCCAUCAGGCUGCUAGAUAAUGGGAUACUACAUCAGCUUAGAUCUUGCAUAGAAGUAGCCGGUGAAGUUGUUACUGGUGUUGUUUAUUUAUUGUUGUCUCUGUUGUCACUUUUUCAUAGAGUUGAAAUGGAUUUAGAAUUACCUGA